GCGAUGUUGGCGAGCUUUGGGGAGAGGCUUGGCGAGGCAGUUUGUAGCGCGGUCGGCAUCGCAGCAACUUUGAGCCGCAUUUAUGUGGAUUGGUUUUGUAUGGGUUUUGAUAGGCGGGCCACGUCGUUGUUAUAUUUUGGUGGCUAAUCUACUUUAAUGAUAUUCCAAGAUUGAGACAGCUUUAUUCAACGAUUUCUGAGCCCAAUUACUACUCAUAGUAAUCUUGGUUACGGGAAAAGCGUCCGCUGGAAUCCCGCGGAGUUCCCCUCCCGUCACGUGCUUCUGUUCUCAUCUAUCCAAAAAUUACACUCCAUCAUUCCAACCAACGCUGGAAACUUGCAUAUUUUGACAUUUGAUCUCGAGGAUAUAGUACGGUCUCCUCGAGAAAGUUAGCGGCCAUAUUAAGCUCAUCCGCAGGUCUGCGACAACCCUAUCAAAGCAUGACCCCUCCCUCAACAUCAACCUGCUCAUCCGCAAUGCACCCCUCCCCCGCCCUCAAGACCGCAAAAUCGGCGCUCCGAAAAGCCAUAAAAGCUCGUCUAUCUACUCUCCAGCCCUCCAGAAUAGAAGCACAAAGCACCGCCGUCUCCAAUGCCAUCAUCUCAUGGCCCAAAUAUCAAGCCGCAAGGAGCAUCAGCGUCUACCUCUCUAUGCCAAGCGCGGAGCUCUCCACGGCAGCCAUUGUGCGUGACGCGCUUUUGAGGGGGAAGAAAGUGUUUGUGCCGUACCUUCACCUGGCCACGGAGCGGGAUCGGGGGCAAGAUGGAUACCUGCCGAAGCGGUGUAUGGAUAUGGUGCGGCUCCAUGGGCUGGAGGAUUUUGAGGGGCUAGAGAAUGAUAGCUGGGGGAUCCCGACGGUGGCAGAUGAGGGGAUAGAGAAAAGAGAGAGGGUUUUGGGUGGAGAGAGGGAGGGGCAGCUGGAUUUGAUGCUUCUUCCUGGGGUAGCUUUUCAGACAAUCAAUGGUGGUGAGGAGGACGGGAUGAUUAGGAGGUUGGGGCAUGGGAUGGGAUUUUAUGAUUUUUUUAUAAGGAGAUACAGGGCGAAGACGAAAGAGGUGGCGGGCGAGGAGCCGCUGUUGGUUGCACUGGCCCUCAAGGAGCAAGUGCUGGAGAAUGGGGAUGCGGAGGUACCGUUGGGAGAGCACGAUGCUCUGCUGGAUGGAUUGGUGGUUGGUAAUGGGAGGAUACUUGCUAAGGCAUGAAUAGCGUUGAAGGGCGUACGUAAGUCAUGGUUACUGUCAAUGCAAAUUGUAGUGAAGGUGAUUGAGGAAAUAGCUCAUAUUUAGAGUUUCCGUAUAUGUGAAUUAUAGUCGUAAGGUUUAGGGGAGAUAUUUUGGUUAUAGUUUCUGUAAACAUUGUUAUAGUUGUAGGUGAUUAAGGGAAGAUAUUUUAAAAUUAAGUCUUUAGGCA